UAGAUCAUUGGCAAAUCGUUGGUUCAGACCUAUGUGGCCCACAAGCUGUUGGAGAGGCUGCUGGGCCUGGCUACAGUCCAAGCCACAGCCUGUGCUAGAAGAUGUGGUAGCAGAGGCUUGGUGCCGUGUGCUUGCCCUUCCUAGUGGAGGUGUUCAACCCAGCGAUAGCUUUGUUGCGCUGGGCGGCGAGUCACUGUUGGCUUUGCGGGUUUGUGCAGCCUUGCGCUAUGAGUUUGCAGGGAGUGAGGUGCCAGACGACGAUGAGGCUCCGGGCGGAGACCAGGCUCAGUAUGGUCAGCUGUUUGGCGCUUUUGCCGUGUCCGAGCUCUUGAGAGCGCCAAGCCUUGCGGCAUACUGUGAGUGUCUUCGGCUUCAGGGUGUCACUGGUGCACUAACUUCGACGACGUCGAUCUCGGCAUCUCACACAGGGGCUGAACGAGCUUUAGAAGUCUUGGAGGAGACAUCUGGACGACGUUUAUUGUGCCAAUCUGCACGACAACGGGGAGCAGGCGCUCGGGAAGCUCUUGUGAGGCUGCUGGAUUCUGUGAGCCCACAGGAAUCUGCGCGAUGGUGUGGAGCAACAAGGGAUUCGGGCUUCAAUGCACUCCAUGCCGCUGCGCAGUCCGGUGCAGUGGAAUGCCUUCAGCUAUUGCUGGAGCGCAAGGCGAAGACCACUUCCACGGAAGCUGGUGCUGCUAUGACGCCCAUGCAUUAUGCGGCAAUGGCUCAAGAGCCUGAAGCGCUGGAUUCACUGCUUGCGGCCAAAGCGCCUCUGACAGUGCGGGACGCGCGGGGACAGUCGCUUUUGCACGCUGCUGCCCGCAGUGGCUCAAGUGAAUGCUUGCAGCGGCUGCUGCAAAGGUCCAAGGAGAAGGAUGGUAGCAGGGAGAGGCCACCCAGAAACACAGAAGCGCGGAAGUUGCUAGAAUGGAGUGAUAGAUGGGCCCGCACUGCAGUUCAUUGGGCAGCCCUCAACGGACAUGUCGAGGCGCUCAAGCUUUUGCUGGAAUUCAAGGCAAAUGCAGCACCCAAGCCCAUUACCGAGCACCAGAUGGCCAAGAGGACUCACCUCACACAGGAGCAGCCCCUGGAAUUGGCACAGCGCGUGCAUGGCCCUGACAGUGAGGUGGUCCAUCUUCUCCAAAAAGCCUUGCGACAAGAGGGACAAUGGGAGGAGAAAGAGGAUGAGGAUGCUCAGCUGCCCCAGUACGUGAUGACUUUGAGCCAAGGAGGUUUGGACCGCUUGGCACUCUGGGAGCUUCGACGAUUGAAGGCGAAGAGCAUAAAGCGGGUGCAAUGCCGCAUUUUCUUCCGUGCAGCAUGUCCACCUGCCGCUUUGGCAUCCUUGAAAUCUGCCGAAAAGGUAUGCGCGGUGGUCUUGCAUGCCGAUGGCCGCGACUUGGCAACUGUGUUGCAAGGAAAAGGUACCGAUGACGAAAAACUGGAGGUCUUGGCAGCGUGGUUAGUAAAUGCCGCCGGUUGGCCCAAAGCUGUGGCCACAUGGUGGAAAUUCAACGGGAUAUCACAGGAAGACCAUGAAGGUGGAGUGUUGACGUUCAAGAUCACUUGCAGACGCUCUGGCAAGAAGUUUGCACAGAUCUCUUCGCAAGGAUUAGCGGUGGUAGCCGCAUCGGCAAUUACUGCCCAACAAGGCUGGCGAGCGCAGGUGCGACGACCUGACAUGGAGAUUCGAAUUCUUGUGAGCGACUCCGACCUUCUGCUGGACCUGCCUCUCCUUGUACAGAACUUCAUGCGGAUUGGCGGGGAGCUGUCCUCCUCUGGCAUGGCAGCACCUGUCGCUUGGGCCAUGGCACGCUGCGCUGAGCUCAAGCCAGGUGAAACAGUCCUGGACCCCAUGUGUGGUAAGGCAGUGAUUCUGGUGGAGGCGGCAUUGAGUUGGCCCCUUUGUCACUACCUUGGUGUCGACAUUGAUGCAGAUCAAUUGACAGGUGCCAAUAGCAAUGCAUUUUUGGCCCAUGCCAGUGGCGCGCGGCUGGACCUGCUUCAAGGUGAUGCAUGCAAAUUGCCGUUGCCUGAUGCCUCAGUUGAUGUGGUGAUUUGCGAUAUCCCCUAUGGGCGGCAAUAUGGCACCAUUGAGGAAUGCCGAGAUACCUUGUACAAGGCUAUAUUGAAGGAGCUCGAUCGAGUCAUUCAACGUGGCCCAGCUGGUCGGGCUAUUCUUAUUUCCUCCUUGGAGCAGGAGCCUUGGGUCUUCAAAGAGGCACAGCUGGAGUCAACAGAGGCAGUAUGGCGCUGCACGGCACGUCGAGAGUUGAAGCUGGGCUUCCUAGAUGCAUCGAUGUUCGUGCUGCGUCGAAGAGUACCAGGCCAACAAGCUGGCGAGCUGCCAGAAUUGUCCAAAAGGCUGUGGCUCCUCGCUUGCAAGAAUGAUCAGAAUGUAGCAGCCAGAUGCUACCGCCAGGUGUCGGUGGUGAGUUUAUGGGCAGCGAGUGGGAAAAGGUUGGCACACUAGAAUAGGAGCAUGUAUCUAUUAUUUCAAAGAAACUGGCACAAAUAGAUGUUGCUUGCUUUUAUGGGAAACAUGAGGUGGGAAACUUCGGCUGGUCGAGGAGAUUGGGCUUCUUUGAAGGUGUCCGAACGUCCACCAAUGCAAUCAACAAGAAAUCGAGAAAUUUAAAUAAUUUCAAGUUGG